GAAGCAAAGGACAUUCAGGGCACUCAGUAGGGACUCAGGAAGGAGCUCAGCUUGAGCCAUGCUGAAGUUGGCCUCCACCAUGCAGCUGCUCCAAGCCCCCCUGAGAUGCUGGGUCGUUUCCAAGGCCCACGUUUCUGCCAAGCCAGCCAGGACCCCCACAUCCCCUAUGGAGCAAGCAGUGGGGAUCUCAAUCAUGUUCAUCAGCUUCCUGAUUCCUGCAGGCUGGGUCUUGUCCCAUCUGGAGAGCUACAAGAAGAGUUCUGUAGCAUGAAGGCCCCACAGCCCCACAGGGGCACAGCCCUGAAAGAUCACAUUAAACCCCCUUCUACUUGCUGCUCUUGUUGAUUCU